UCGGCGGAGAAAUGGGUCUUGGUGGCCAGGGAGGAUCCUCGGCCCAAAUGAGCUUUCUGCUUCUCACCUUAUGUCACCCAGAUCGGGAACUCCGGUCAAGCUUCUUGGAAGGGAAGAUGCCAGUGUAUCUAAAAGGAUGGAACUUUCCAUGGCACAUUGCAUUGAUAGGAACUGAGUUUGCCUUUACGAGCCAAACAAAUUGGAUUUCGCAGGGACAUAGUUACUGUUGAGCAAUGGAUUAUCUUGUCAAUAUAUCCAAUUCAAAUGCCUACACAAAAAGACAUAAACGGACUGGUACAAUUUAGAGAAAUCCAAGCGUGUCAAGGCAUUUAGAUGUGGUGAAUUUGAUGAAUGUAUUGAAAGGGCUGAAUCAUCCCAGGGCAUUCCAAUAAAGAAAAGAGAGAAAUAUGCACGUCGAGAAGAUGCUAUUCUUCAUGCUCUAGAGCUUGAGAAGCAACAGAAAAUACUAGGUGUUGGUUCUAAUUGUACGAGCAAUGAAGUGCCUGGGAAGAUGACAUCUCAAAUGGGGAAUGAUCAUAGCAAAUCUGGAAAUGUCAAAUCACAGGAUGAGAAGCUGGGAGAUCCUUUAAAUGUGCAAAAAGUCAGACAGAGGAAGCAGAUGAGCUGGGAAGAUGAUAAUUCGGAAGCUACACCAAGGAUGAGAGGCUUGCAGGAUUUUGGGCUGAGGAUUGCCUCUUCAAAGAGAAAGUUUUCUGCGUCCACUGCUUUAGAGGGUUCUUGUAGACUUCCUGUAGUUGAUAAUGUGGAUAUUCUUCCAAAUGGUGUUCGAAGUGUGGGGAAUUCAAAUCACAUCAACAGCAGUAAAAAUUCUUUGGCCAUCAAAAGAAAAAGGUCACAGGGUGGGCUGCCUGAGGAAUCCAUUGUCAAGAGACGCGAUAGACGCCGUCCUCUUGUUCAAGUAUUACAGAGUAGUGCAAAAUUGCCAAUAUCACAUUAUUUCCAGUCUGAUGGCAAUGCUGUUUCUCCCCUUGUGCACGGUGCAAAAGAGCAGACAGGGGUUAUUUGUCGGGCCAAGAGGAGCAAAUGUGUAUAUUUGCCUGCAGAUGUGAAUGAUUGUUUGGAUCAUACAAGUCCUCCAGACGAGAUGAAGAUGUCACAGACACAGUUAGGAAUGGAUAACUGUCGCCUCUUCCCUGGUUCUUUGAUGGAAGGGGACACUUUUGAGGAAAUGAAGGAAGAGGCAGAAUCUGACUCUUCAGAGAGAGAUUCCCCAGACCCUGACAUGGAUGAGGAGACAACUUUAUUAUCAGGUGCUAUCAUCGAAAUGCAGCCUGUAGCAGAACCAAGUUCUGGAAAUUACAUGAGCAGCGAUGGUUAUCAAGUUCAAGGGCAUCCAGAAGGCAUGAGUAGUGAGGAGCUUGAUGAGUCACCCCUUACUGGAUAUGUGUCUCACCCUCAUGACCAAACUGCAGCUGUUGCUUCUGACGUAGGGGUAUCAAAAUGGCAACAGAAAGGGAAAAGGAACAUCCGGAAUUUAACCAAGAGACCCAUGGAAGCAAUAGAUGGAAAAUUCUCCAAUGGAUACGGUCAGGAUACAUAUCUUGAAGGAAGGGGAAACAACUUAAACCAAAAGGCAUCUGGAUCUGGUUUUUACCCCAUCUGUGAGGAUCUGAAGUAUGUCUAUGAUGAGGCUGAUUUAAUUGAGAAGGAUUCAAUGCACACCCAAGUACCUGGAUUUGGCAAUAGAAGAUACCCUUUACCAAAUUCUGCUUCCAAAGAUCAGAGCAGAAUCAUCACUGAUGUUGUCGAUUCAGAGGAAGACCCAGUCUGGGACGUGGAUGGAUUAUCUCAAUCAACACGUAGACAAUACUGGGAAAACAAAGGUGAGUACUUUGAUCCAGUAUAUGGUGGUCAUCGUCUUGGCAAUGGGAUGGAAUCCACAUUGGUAGAUGUGGACUUGAAGGUCCAAGCAAGCUAUCAAGGAGAGCAUGUUCCUUUGGUUUCUCUAAUGAGUCGAUUGAAUGGGAAAGCAAUAGUUGGGCAUCCGAUCCAAAUCGAAGUAUUAGAGGAUGGUGCCACUGGCAAACUUCUUGCUACUUAUGGGAUUUUUGAUGUGGAACCCAGUGAUAAUGAUGGAAGUACAGGACUUCCCCCAGUCUGGAGAACUGCAAGAAGGACGGCCAUGUUCCGUGUCCCUCGUCCGCAACUUUUGUCUGCACCGGGGUGUGAUGAAACUGUUGAACUUCAUCCUCAUGCAGAUCUUGAAAGUAAGCCUCCGUACAAGAAGCCAUAUCCAGGAAAUUUUAGUCAUAAGGUAAGGCUGAUGAAAAAGAGCUUGUCUCAAAUUCGUCGGCCUCCUACAACAGAAAAGAAGUUCCCAAAGAAGCUCUUGAAGAAGGUAAGUUUUUCUAGCCAGAAAACAAGGACACUAUCUUCAAUUGCUAUUGACCAGGAAUUGAGUGGCAAGACUGGCAAUUCAAAGCUUUCAAAUAAGAGUGACAUGGAGGGGCUGAUCAAACCAGUAGAAACUGGACUGACUACAGUUACCUGCAUUCCUGUGAAACUAGUGUUCAGUAGGUUACUGGAAGCAGUUGGGAGGCCUCCAUCAAGACCUGCUAGUCAUGGGGUUUUGAAGGGAGAUACAGAAAGAAAACCAUCAUAAAAGUCAAUGUAAAUUGUUACAUGGGAUCAAUAUAUCUUGUACCACCAAAUCAGCAAAGAUCAUCCCCUCCCUGACCAAAAAAAAGCAUAAUUCCAGUUCUUAUUUGCAAUUGAGAUCUGAAGGACUUCCAAUUGGCAAUUUUUGAUAAUGCCAAAAACUUGGGAGUAUGUACCUGAUGGACGCGAUGCCUUUUCAUGCUCUGAUUGGCAACAUGGAAGUUAUUCCAGCAUAAGCUGUGAUGAUCUAAACUAACCCACAUGUUGGGGAACCUGGAUUGGUUGGGUUUUUUUUUUAUUUUUAUUUUUUAUUUUUAUUUUAUAAAUUUCCAGAUCCUACCUUUGGGAUGUGCAAUCUUCUUGAAGCAGGGCCUUGGGGCUACCUCAAGACAGAGAUCGAGCUUUUCUUCAAGAUCCUGGUCCUAGUUUAGAAUUGUAAAGUAGUCAUAUCGUUUAGAAUUGUAAAGUAGUUAUAUAACCUCCUGCAAACAUACCCUGUAACCUGCCUAAAAUUUAGAAUCUAUAUUGUUCUCUUAUGUUGUACCAUUGGAUUAUUAGAGUACUUGGGUGGCUCAGAAUAAUCAUAUAAUCUUACAGGUUGGAUCUUCUGCA